CCUUCUCUCUCGCUCUCUCGCUCUCCUUCUCGCUCUCGCUCUCCUCUCGCUUGUGCGCUUGCCAUUUGAGGGCCUCUCCGAAGCUUAGAAGCGCGGAAUCCUCGACGCGAAGUCUCUCUGAGCUACAUUAGGGUUUGCGUUUGAUGGCUGAACGCGAUGAGGAGCUCUUCUUGGAGGAGGACAGCGAGGAUGAUGAGCAUAAACGAGGAAACUCUGAAGGUGUGGAUGAUGGUGAUGAGGACGAGGACGAGGAUGGGGGAGCGGUUAAUGAGGAUAGACAUGGGUUUACUCUUCCUGAUAGGAUCUCUGGUUCCUUUUACUCUCGCCAGUGGCCACAGAGUUAUAGGGAAACAGUUGAUUCAUAUACUAUCACAGCAUCUCCUGGUUUUGGUAGUCUUGGGAGGACGCCGAGCAUUUGGUAUUCAAGUCUGGAUGUGAGUAACCAAAUUGAGGAAGAUUUAGGAAUCCAAUCUCCUCUCCUGUCUGGGAGUGUAUUGGCUAAGCAAGAGUCUGAUAGAAACUUGAUAAGGUCUCUUGUUUCAGCAGAAGAUGGGGUUAUCUCUUCUGGUUUGGAAUUCUCUGGAGAAGGAUAUACUCAUCAUGGAUGUAGCUUUAUUCAAACUGUUUUCAAUGGGGUUAAUGUAUUGGCAGGUGUAGGUGUUCUUUCAACUCCCUUCACAAUCAAAGAGGCUGGUUGGACCAGUUUGGCGCUCUUACUCCUUUUUGCAGUUAUUUGUUGCUAUACAGGCAUUCUCAUGAAGCAUUGCUUUGAGAGUAAAGAAGGCAUCUUUAGCUACCCGGAUAUUGGAGAAGCCGCCUUUGGGAGAUAUGGGCGCAUUUUCAUCUCUGUUGUUUUAUAUACAGAAUUAUACUCAUUUUGCGUGGAAUUUAUUAUAUUAGAAGGUGAUAAUCUCACGAGGUUAUUUCCUGGGGUAUCUCUUGAUUUUGCUGGAAUGCAUGUUGAUUCUGUGCAUAUCUUUGGGUUAAUCACUGCAUUGAUUGUUUUACCAACCGUAUGGCUGCGGGAUCUCAGAAUAAUUUCCUAUCUUUCAGCUGGUGGAGUGAUAGCCACUCUUUUGGUUUUCUUGUCUGUCAUUUUUGUCGGUACUACAGAUGGGAUAGGGUUCCAUCAAACUGGUGAGUUGGUUAAGUGGCAUGGUCUCCCGCUUGCUAUUGGUGUAUAUGGCUUUUGCUACUCUGGUCACACAGUCUUUCCAAAUAUUUACCAAUCAAUGUCGGAUCGUAGUAAAUUUAACAAGGCAUUGAUAAUCUGUUUUAUUAUUUGUACAUCAAUAUAUGGCUGCGUUGCGGCAUUUGGGUAUCUCAUGUUUGGGGAAGGUACUUUAUCUCAGAUCACAUUAAAUUUUCCAAAGAAUUCAGUGGCCGCCAAAGUUGGUAUAUGGACAACGGUGAUAAAUCCAUUUACGAAAUAUGCUUUAUUGCUUAAUCCAUUAGCGAGGAGUUUAGAAGAGCUUCUUCCAAUCGCGUAUGCCAAUAAAAUCUGGUGCUUCAUUCUCCUGAGAACUGUGCUUGUAAUUUCAACUCUCUGUGUAGCUUUUCUUCUGCCCUUCUUUGGUCUGGUGAUGGCUCUCAUUGGUUCUCUCCUCAGCAUACUAGUGGCAGUUAUAAUGCCUGCACUGUGCUUCCUGAAGAUAGCAAAGAACCAAGCGACACCUUUGCAGGUCACCUUAAGUGUUUCAAUUGCUGUGGUCGGUAUCAUCAGUGCAAUCGUGGGAACAUACUCAUCUUUAUCACAGAUCAUAAACAGCUAUUGAAGCAUAAGUUGUUCGGUAAAUAGUCUUUUAGUGUUUUAGAUUGAUAUUAUUUGCAAAGAUGAGUCUCGGAUUAUUUAUCGGAAGUUAGGAGUUUCUGAAGGUAAAUCAUAUUCAAUUGCAUUGUUUUCUAAGAUCAUUCCCAAAGACAAUCAUCAUGUUCAUUUUUUUAUUCAUGUUUGGAAUAGGAACUCUGCAAGUAAACAGCAGAAAUAGAUAUGUUACAAACCUUGAGUUGCUGUUGUAUUUGAUCUCAAAAAGGUUCAUCCAAUGAUAGCUGAAAAUUCUUGCAUCA